AUGCAGAUUCAUAAUAUACUUGAUUUAUUAAGAAACGAAAAACUCAAAGAAUCUGAUUAUAUUGUUGAAGUUCAAAGGGCAAUUGCUCAACUUGAGCAUUUAACAGAGCUUUAUCUUUCAAACACCAAGUUUGGUGAAUCUGAUGAAUUUUAUGCUUAUGGUAACGCAUUGAGAAUGAAUGCUGAUACUAUUGCAGUAACUCUUGGACAUCUUAAACAGGCAGUAGCUCUUGCAUGUAAAGAUGAAGACGUUUUGGCAGGAAAAUCAUCGGUUUUGAAAUCAGAAUUUUUAUCACAAUUUAAAAUAUGUUAUAAAUUAAGCAUGAAAUUGACUGGUUUUGGUCAAGAGGUAGUGAAAGGUAUUUUAGCGUUCAUUAAUGAAAAGAAAGAUACCAAAGAAGAGUUAUCACUUGUUGGCAUAAACAAAGUUAUAUAUCAAAUUACGGAAAGUAAAUUGGAGAUUAAUGAAAUGACCGUGUGGGAAGGAUGCACAAAAACAUUACAAACAUUAUGCCAAGAAAUAAACAAUUUGAGUAAUAUUGCUAAUGACUCUGAUAACGUUGUCGCAAUUGCUAAAGACGAACAACCAUGGGUUCUUAGAGCUAAACAAUUAAAGGCAGAAGCACUUGUUAAUCUUGAUAUGGAACGUAAAGUUCAACAAUUAGAACAAGCUCUACAAGAAGCUGGCAUUAAGAUUGAUUUAUUAGAAAGACGUAUGGAAACAUUCAAAAGACAGUUAACCACUCUUUUUGGUCAUGUAACUCCUAUAUAUUGUGUAUUGUUUGACAAGAGUGGCUCAAGGGUCAUUACUGGAAGUGACGACAGGUUAAUAAGGAUAUGGUGUUCAAAUUCCGGUCUUCUUCUCAAAUCAUUUAAUGGUCAUCAGAGGGAAAUCACCGAUAUGACUUUGGACAAAACUGGAGAACUCUUAGCCAGUGCAUCCGAAGACCACUCAAUAAUAAUAUGGAAUAUAAAGAACUAUUCAUUUGUUCAUCUAAAGAAGUCUAUGAUGAAGGCAUCUGCAUUUAAUUACACUGGCUCACAAUUCGCAGUAUCAGGAUCUGAUGGUAUAAUCAGGAUUUUUUCAACUAUUGGUGACCAGUCAAUGUUUGUAAACAAUAGUGGCAGCGAUAUACGUGUAAAAAAUGAUGAUUUUGAAGAAGACGAUGAUCUUGUUCAAAUAAUCUACAAUCAUUUAAAUCUUGAUGACGAGGAAAUUGAAAAACUGGAUCUGAUGAAAUAUCUUGAUUCUUAUGAUCCAACCAGUGAUUUUUAUCUAAAGGAUGAACACAACGUAACUAUUGAAAAUAAUGAUGGAUCAGACAAUUCAGUACAAAUGACAAUCAAUGAUGAUAAUCAACAACAUUCCACAUUCUCAUCAAAUGGCACUUCAACUGCAACAAAUAAUAAUGAUGUAAAAUCAUCACUCACUUCUGCUGUUAAUAGUAGUUCCACCACCACUAGAAAUCUUCCCGGGAUAUCAACAAAAAGAAAAUUAGAAUUAAUAAGGCUAGCCAAACUAUUUAAAGCACGUCACAUUGCAGAUCUUAUUGACCACAAAAAAGCA